UUCUAUUCUACCGUAUGCCGACUUCAAAGUUAAUGAUUGUGAAUUCGAAAUACCGAACUGCGAUGGGAAGUGGUUUGUGAAAGCGAUGCAAGUGCGAAUUAAAGCUGUACGACAUCCACUUUAAACGUGGAAACAGAGACCAUCGGGACCGUUUCCGUGACAUUUUUUAGAGUUACAUUAGUCAUGGGUGUUGUACUGUCUGCUACACGACGCGCGUUAAAUCGUUUUAACGUUGAAAAUCGAGCAAUGAAAGAAAUUUCUAAGGAGAAACCUACGCCAGCUCCCAGGCACCCAUCGAUGAGCCUCGCUAUUGAAAAAAUGGCAAAAGAAAACACAGAUGUACUAAACCAUGAAUUGACGAAAAAUACUGCUCUCGAUAGUCGUUUGAAGCAAGUGUUUGUUACUUCCAAGGAUACGCAGCCUGAAGUUUCAGAAUCUACUCGCCUGUUACCUCAGUCACGCAAAGCAGUGGAGUCUCCUGAAUUUGGAUUUGAAGAACCAGCAAUGAUUCCACGAGGGCGAUUUAGUUUACGUCAAGCCCUUCAGUUUAUUACACUCCAUCAGGAAAACCCUAAGGAAAAGACUCCAGCUUUAUUAGCUAAAGAAUACAACUUAGAUCCUGUUAUCAUGGAGAAAAUUCUUACCUACUACAAAACAUUUGAAGUUUAUAUACCUGAAACAAAGGGAAAAUCACGAGGAAGUGCACUGGCAGAACCAAUCAAGUCACCACAAACAGAGUUGCAAGCUGGAAAGACAUAGCUAGUAUCGAAAGAUUUUUUUUCUGUAUUUAUUUGUAAAUAAUUUGAUUAGUCUUUGCAAAUUUGUUGUAAGCAAAUUUAGAACCAUUUAUUUACUGUCAUACAGUGUCAUAUUUACAGUUGUUUUUGCUAUGGAGCAAUUAGAUAUGUAUGUAUGUAAUUAAAGAGUGAGGAAAAAAAUGUGUACCUUGCAUGCAGAGCCUAAGCACUCUGUUACUGCCACUGCUACGUUGUUAAGUUUGUGAAUAUCCAGAAGGUGAUUAUUCCACAACUACGAAGACAGUGUCAAAGAAAACAGCACGAUCCUUUGUGCCUUUGUACACACAAUAUGAAUUAUCAUCGAUAUUUGCUGUCUAAGGGGAGCUUCAAUUUACUUAAACAAGAACUGAAAGUAACUUGAAGCAUGUCUCUGAAUCAUUAGCUUUCAGAGUUACAUAUGUACAUAUGUUAGGAAAGAGGAUGAAGGAAGAGAGGGGCAGGGGCAGAAAAAAAGAUAGCCUAAAUCACAGUGUAAAUGGAACAGGAAACGAGAAGCGUGAAGCACAGGGAGGAGAUGAAAGUUAAGAUUAGGUUGAAGUGAAUGGCAGGAAUGAGUUACUUUUAAUAGGUUGGUUGGUUGUUUAAUGAUUUGUAAAUAUAUAGUAUUGUAGUUUCACUAUUGCCUUACAAAAUGAAUACUCUCUUGAGGCUUACAACAACACUAUUGGUGUUUUGGUCAGCAUUGUUGUCUGAUGUCCUCUUCUUUACAGAUUAAAUACUGCACUCUCAAACAGC